AUGACGGAGACGCUCCGGCUGCCCUCCCUGCAGGUGCAGGGUCCAGGGGACUGGGAGAAUGAGGAGACAGGUGGAGAUAAAGCACCAUCAGCUCUGUCCAGUUCCUCCAGCCCCUCGCUGCGUCGCAAACGCCUGAAGAUGCAUCGCAUGAAGAACGUGGAGAGCGAGAAGGAACAGGCGGAGAACGGCUCGCCUCAGCGCUCGGGCUCCAAAGAGUACCUCCAGCUGCCCUCCAUCGAAAUCACGCCGUCCAGCGACGAGGACGCCGCCUGGUCUAACUGUUCCACUCCCAGCGCCUCCCCGCGGCGUAAACGCUUCCUCCUGCGGAAGUGGCUGAAGGUGCGCGAGAAGAAGGAGAACGGUAGUGACAGCAGCAGUCAACAGAGCAGUCUUCAGAGUAGCCAUGAAGAGGAAUCCUCACGCUUUCUGACUCCAUACGUCAGAGAGGACAGCACUGCCAGUAACUCAAACCGCAGCACGCCUGCUUGCUCGCCCGUACUCCGCAAACGCUCUCGCUCACCAACCCCCCAGAGCCCGGAGGGUGAGAACAUGGUGGAGAAGGGCUCUGACCACUCCUCCGACAAGUCCCCCUCCACCCCCGAGCAAGUCGUCCAACGCACCUACAGCCAGUCUGUUCACUCCACCCGAAGUGGAGGCAAAAACUCCAAGUCUCACAAGCGACUUUCCAAAAAAAGCCAGAGCUGGUACAAUGUCUUGAGCCCCACAUACAAACAGCGUAAUGAAGACUUCAGGAAGCUCUUCAAGCAGCUGCCUGACACGGAGCGGCUUAUCGUGGACUACUCCUGCGCCCUGCAGAGAGACAUCCUCCUGCAGGGACGACUCUACCUCUCCGAAAACUGGAUCUGUUUCUAUAGCAACAUUUUCCGCUGGGAAACACUGCUGACAGUCCGGCUAAAGGACGUUUGCUCCAUGACAAAGGAGAAGACGGCCCGUCUCAUCCCCAAUGCCAUCCAACUGUGCACUGACAAUGAAAAGCACUUUUUUACCUCGUUUGGGGCGCGGGACCGCACUUACAUGAUGAUGUUCAGGCUGUGGCAGAACGCUCUGCUGGACAAGCCGUUAUGUCCCAAAGAGUUGUGGCACUUUGUGCACCAGUGCUACGGUAGUGAACUGGGCCUGACCAGCGACGACGAGGAUUACGUCCCUCCUGACGACGACUUCAACACCAUGGGGUACUGCGAGGAGAUGCCUGCCGAGGAGAGCGAGGCCAACGACAACUGCUCCAAGACCCCCGAGGCUAAGCCAGACGUCAGUCCGCAGCUCCCCAAAAAGAGCUUCCCCAACAACAGCCUUCCCUCGACGGGCAGCACAGAGACGCCGGUCCCUUAUGACAUACCCCCUGUGGAGGAGGAAUUUUCUGGCUGUCUUCCUGAAGAUCUCCUAAACCUGCCCCUGACGGACAACAAGAUCUCAGAGUCCAGUGUCCCAGUUCCCUCCCCGUCUCUCGACUUCAACGACAAUGAGGACAUCCCCACUGAGCUCAGUGACUCCUCUGAAACGCACGAUGAAGGAGAGGUGCAGGCCUUCCAUGAAGAUCUGAAUGGGAAGCAGUACAUUAAUGAAGUGUACAAAUUCAGCGUGGACAAACUGUAUGAUAUCCUCUUCACUGAGUCCCAGUUUAUGAGGGACUUUUUAGAGCAGCGGCGAUUCUCAGAUGUGGUCUAUCAUCCUUGGAGGAAAGAGGAAACUGGCAACCAGACGAGGGAGAUCAUGUACACCAUUGCUCUCACCAACCCCCUGGCCCCCAAAACUGCCACAGUCACAGAAACACAGACCUUGUACAAAGCGAGUCAGGAGGGGGGGUGCUACAUUAUUGACGCAGAGGUCAUCGCCCACGAUGUUCCAUAUCACGACUACUUCUACACCCUCAACCGCUACAUGCUCACCAGGGUCGCCAAGAACAAGUGCCGCUUGAGGGUGUCAACUGAGCUGAGGUACAGGAAGCAGCCCUGGGGGCUGGUCAAGGGCUUCAUCGAGAGAAACUUCUGGAGCGGCCUGGAUGAAUACUUCAGACAUCUGGAGCUGGAGCUGAAUAAAGUAGAGGGGGUGCUCAGAGAACCUCACAGACAGUCUCCGAAAGCCAAAGCCGUCAGGACGUCCACGGGUCGCCGCAGAAAACGACCUUUAACCCACCUGCGACCGCAACACCUUGACGAGGCCCUCAGUCCUGUCACUACGCCCGACGAGGAAGAGGUCAUUCGCCGCAGCAAACAUGUCGCAGGAUCCACACAGACCAGACACAUCCCUGACCAUGUCCCAGGAGGCUUAGCUCUAUACAGUGUAUCUAAGUUACUUCUCAUCAUCAGCUUUGUGAUCUGUGUAAGUCUGGUGCUGCUGGUGUUUCUGAACGUGAUGUUGUUCUACAAACUGUGGAUGCUGGAGUCCACGGCCCAGAGCCUCACGUCUUGGCAUGGCCUGAGACCCCAUGAGAGUAAACUUCCACAGACAAAGAUGGAGUGGGCACAGCUGCUUGAGUCCCAGCAGCGUUACCAUGACGACGAGCUCCAGAAAUGGCGGGAGAUAAUCAAGUCCUCUGUCCUAUUGUUAGAUGAGUUGAGAGAUUCUCUGAUGAGCCUCCAGAAGGGCAUUGGCUUAAGGGACUACAAUUCAGAAACAGAGGAAAAAAGGAGUCGUUAUCACUGACACACACACAUCCACCCCCCCCCCCCUCGGCCGAAAGGACACGCAGUGCAAUAGUUAUUACGACACCCAUCAUCAUCGUGUUACAGGGAGGAGACGAGAGCUGUGACGGAUGUGACCGAGAGCCUAUGAACCUAUGAACAAGGGCCCUAAUAUCUAUUUUUUUUUUUACCCUUUCACUUUUUCGACCCGGCUACUCGGAGCGAAUCCCAUCUCCGCUGCCUCGAGCCAGACCUUCGGGCUCAAACGGAGGACAGUGGGAUCGCUCCGUCUUUGUCUC